UGGCGCGGGGCUCUUUGGGCACGGCCGCCUACAAAGCCCAAAAUGAAUCCCCACAACAGGCACAGCACUUUCUCCCGAACCCAUCCCUCAGAAUCCCUCUCGCCAUGGAUAGCUUCAUGAUGUCCACUGGUAGAAAACUCUUCCAAAAGAACCUGGCGCAGUAUCAGCCUGCCGACCCGCUGUAUGAGACGUACGUCGACAAGAAGGGCAGAGAAAGAAGGCGGAAGAGGGAGCUGCCACCAGGCCUCUCGGAACGGGACGCGAAGGUCCUGAAGUCGGUGAAGAGACGAGCACAUCAUUUGGACAAGGGCUUCAAUCUGUGCGGCGUGCGUUUCGGGUGGACUUUCAUCAUCGGUAUCGUUCCUGGGGCCGGCGAUGUCGCUGAUGCUGCGCUCAACUACUACCUAGUCGUCCGCAAGGCGCGACAAGCAGAAAUACCAGACUGGCUGCUCCGCAAGAUGCUGACGAACAAUGCAGUUUCAGCGGCCGCCGGCUUUAUCCCGCUGCUCGGCGACGUCGUCCUGGCCGCGUUCAAAGCCAACUCGCGGAACGCUGCACUGCUCGAGGAGUACCUGCGCAUACGCGGUGAAGAAUUCCUGAAGCGCGAUCAAGACCGAUUGCAGGACCCAGCAACGGUCAGACCUGGCGCAGGUACGGUCUCUGGCGAACAGGUGCCAGGGAAAGUCGGCGCCAAUGCAAAGACGAGCGGUGGCUGGUUCCGCCGGCGCAGCAAGCGCGAGGCUAAGCAGCUUGCAGCGAAUGGCGUGGUGGCGGAGCCUUCACAACGAGAGAGUCGCUUCAUUGAAGACGUUCCCGAGGGAAGGAGCAAGCCGGUCAGGAAGUAAACGCCAUAAUCCUCUGUCGUGCCUGUCUCCAAUAUACCCGGCUGGUGAUAUCCCGGAAGGUUGGAACUUUGAUUUAGGUUUGGCAUAUGUAUCUUUGUUCACGACCCACUUAGCAGAAAGUGUUACGCAUUGCUUAUUCACGAGGCUUCGCCUUAGCUUGAGACAUGAUUACUUUUCCUAGACACGUCUCCAGCGCGAGCUUGUCCGGUAGUACACGACAUUAGCUGCCUCUUGAUCCUGGCUGCAUACACUUCUACGCCCCACAUCCACGUGUAUCCAUAGUGAAAGGUGAGUGAUAUGCAGGACAACUACGUGCUACAGCAGCAAUCGAGGAAGCGGUAACUUAGAGAUCGAAGUACUAGAUACACAAACUUUUCCGAGAAAGGGCUUCGGGUUGCAUGCGAGAUUACCACGAGGACCGUAUCGCGACUUGAGGAGUGGUCGCAUGGUAGCGAAACGGCAGACAGGAUGCGAGCAAACACUCAACGUACUCAACCUCUACAGGCCCCGGGCCCCGCCCACGAUUUCUGUCUCUGUCUCCGUCUCCAGGGAAUCCUGCGACGGGCGUACGACUCCGUACUUGAGCGAUGCAGCCUUCCUCUCCUGUGCCCUGACCGCACUGAACGCCGACUUCAAACGGUUUACCUCAUCUAUCUGCAGUACCCAUUGCUCUGGUUCAUCCUCGUCCUCUAUAUUGUAAUGGUUAUGCAGAAGCUCUGCCAGCGGGAACAGAUCCGAGAGGAAGGCUGCGAGACUUGAAGUAUCCUCAAUCGCCGUGUCCUCGCCUAGGCAUAGAUUCUGCAAGCGAGAGGCCGGUAAGCCCUCAGCGGGGCGAGUGUCGGUGGAGAUUGUGUCAUCUUCGCAUAGGAGCUGAAGGCCCAGGGUUUCGAGAUCUGAACAGUGUCGGACGAAAUGUAGGAGAUCCUCGGGCCGUACACCGACAACGUUAUGCUUUGCCCGAUCGCCGAGGAAUAAGAACGUGAGCUUGGGCCACGCCCUGGCCAUCUGUACGACGUCGUCCGGAGCCAGGGCAAAUGGUACGGCAGUCAUAUCUAAAUGUGACAGCUCGCCCAGCUGAAAAAGAGGUCGGAGGGCAUCGCCUGGAACGAUGUGAUCCGGAAGGUGAAACUCGUAUCCCCAUGGCGAGAGGACUAAGGUGUGCAGCCGCUUGAAUCUGGGGACCACGGAAAUAAUUCUCUGCAGUGACGAUGCCGUGGGCGGCCUGUAACGCGUGCGUUCCUCCCCAAAGUCGUCCUCUUCGUGGAAGAG